AAGAGUCGCUUCUACCAUGGCAUUGGAAAUCUCUCAAAGUCUGAGGUUGCCGUCACUUUUACCAGGACCGCUGCAAACUCAAUAUAUUGUCCUCCUUAUCUUCAAACAGCGUUAGACCUCCAAUCCGGCGUUCUCGAUGCCAAGGACAAGGAUGACACU